UCUGCCUGCCCUGUCCUUUCCUGAUUUGCCAGGUAUCCUAGCAACGCUGCUGCCAGUCGCCUAGCAACCAGGUCCCCAUCCUUGGAGAUGGAUGCUCCAAGCAGGGUCUGGGAUAUGUGAAUAGAGCCUGUGCAGGAAGAAGGACCCCAUGACUUAGAGGCUGUGACUCAGCUCAGGGGUCACCCACAUGGCAUGUGACCCCAGUGCUGGGAAGGAGGUGGCUCCAUGGGAACUGUUCAGCUGCCUGGGUGCUGGGGGCCCAGGCUGUGAGGGAAUGAUGCUCAGAUGUUGCUCUGGGAUCCAGCUGUGGCAGAGACACCUUGGUGUGUCUCAAAGUGGCGGAUGGAUCUGUGUUUGAACCCUGUCUCUGCCACUUUGACAGGUGGCUUCACAACGUUGAGGCUUAAUGCUCCUGUCUGCACAAAGGUGAUGCUGAUUGGCAGUGACCUGGUGUGGUGGGGAUGGAUGAGUUCAUGUUCAUGAUGGACAUGUGGAGCAUGCAGUAGGCACACAGGGAGCACAGCAGAGUCUAGGCAUCCUGCUUGUCCACAAGGCUCUAAUCCACUUAGGCCUGGCCAGGCAGGGGCACUGCUGUGUAUCUACCCCCCUGUUGGUCUGCUGUGGCUCAGUUCCCCUGGGAGACCAGCGGAGGGUGCUGUCCUGGGCACAGAAGGCCAACCGGGGCUGAUCUGAGUCCACCGGAGGCAGUGUCUCUGCGUGUUAGCUGAGGCCCCAAAUCCUUGUCCCAGUCUGUGCGUCUUGUGUGCGUCCCUGAGUCUCUGUUCCAUGUGUCUGUGUGUGUCCUUGUGUGUCUGUCUGUCCCUUGACUCAGUGCCUGUGUGGAUCCGCGUCCCUGUGUCUGUGUGUGGGAGCCUGUCUCUGUCGUUCACCUCUAAGUGUGUGCCCUGGUCCCUUGGUCUGUCCAAAGGACGUCCAGUGUGGGGCCUGGUGACCCCCCUUCCCUGCGGCCCCCUCCUCCAGCCCGCGUGGCCCCUCCUCCUCAGGAGCGGCAGUCUCCGCCCCACCCCCAGCUCUGCGCUAGGCGGCUGCGUCUGGUCUGGCGUCCGCUGAGGAGGGGCAGCCGCUCCUGCCGCAGCCCCACGCAGACCCGCCCUGGGGCGGCCAGUGGGUCCCAGUCCCGCUCUGCCGCUGCUGACGGUUAGAGCGUCCGCAGUGUCAGCUCCCACGCAGGUUGCUAAGGUACCAGGUGACUUUGCACACAGGGAGGUGGCAUGGAGUCCCUCUUCCCUGCCCCGUUCUGGGAGGUCCUCUACAGCGGCCACCUGCAGGGCAACCUAUCCCUCCUGAACCCCAACCACAGCCUGCUGCCCCCCAGCCUUCUGCUCAAUGCCAGCCACGGUGCCUUUCUGCCCCUUGGGCUCAAGGUCACCAUUGUGGGGCUUUACCUGGCCGUCUGCAUUGGGGGACUGCUGGGGAACUGCCUCGUCAUGUAUGUCAUCCUCAGACACACCAAGAUGAAGACAGCUACCAACAUUUACAUCUUUAACCUGGCCCUGGCAGACACUUUGGUGCUGCUGACACUGCCCUUCCAGGGCACAGACGUCCUCUUGGGCUUCUGGCCUUUUGGAAAUGCCCUGUGCAAGACGGUCAUCGCCAUCGACUAUUACAACAUGUUUACCAGCACCUUCACACUGACUGCCAUGAGUGUGGACCGCUACGUAGCCAUCUGCCACCCCAUCCGUGCUCUCGAUGUCCGGACGUCCAGCAAGGCCCAGGCAGUCAAUGUGGCCAUCUGGGCUCUGGCGUCUGUCGUCGGCGUUCCCGUUGCCAUCAUGGGCUCGGCACAGGUCGAGGAUGAAGAGAUUGAGUGUCUGGUGGAGAUCCCUACACCACAGGACUACUGGGGCCCCGUGUUUGCCAUCUGCAUCUUCCUCUUCUCCUUCAUCGUUCCCGUACUCAUCAUCUCCAUCUGCUAUAGCCUCAUGAUCCGGCGGCUGCGUGGGGUCCGCCUGCUGUCUGGCUCCCGAGAGAAGGACCGGAACCUGCGGCGCAUCACACGGCUCGUGCUGGUGGUGGUGGCGGUGUUUGUGGGCUGCUGGACGCCCGUCCAGGUCUUCGUGCUGGUCCAGGGGCUGGGCGUGCAGCCAGGCAGUGAGACCGCUGUGGCCCUCCUGCGUUUCUGCACGGCCCUUGGCUAUGUCAACAGCUGCCUCAACCCCGUCCUCUAUGCCUUCUUGGACGAGAAUUUCAAGGCCUGCUUCCGAAAGUUCUGCUGCACUCCUGUCCUGCGCCGGGAGAUGCAGGUGUCCGACCGCGUGCGCAGCAUUGCCAGGGACGUGGCCCUCGCAUGCAAGACCUCCGAGACAGUACCACGGCCCGCAUGACUAGGCGUGGACCUGCCCAUGGUGCCCGUCAGCCCACAGAGCCCGUCAACACCCAACACGGAGCUCACCCAGGUCACUGCUCUCUAGGCUGACACCCAACCUGUGUCCUGAGCACUGCCAGACUCAGGGACUUCACUGUGGCCGCAGAAGGCCUGGUGACAUCAUGGGACAGGUCAGACUAAAGCUGCCCUCCUGGUGCCGAGCAGAGAGGGGACACCCACCAGUUAGUGUACCUGGCCAGAGCCCAUGCCAACACCCUCACACAUCAUGGCCUCUUCUGGCCCCUCCCCUGCGGCACCCUGCAUGCUCUUGGUAGGCACACACCUGGAGGUGUGACAGCAGCGGGCCAUCCCACGCCCUUGUGCCAUGUGCUGUCUGCAUGGAGCCCUGCAGCCCCUCCUUGGGGCAGCCGGAUGAGCCUGGAGCUGCCUAGAGAGCUGGCAUGCUCUGUGGGCAGUAGGGCUUGGAGUUGCUGCUAUGGACUUGCCUGGGACUCGACUGCUGUCACCUCCUCGUCCCCCACUCCUGCUUCGGAAAGGCUUCUCAGAGAGAUGUUUCGCUCCAGAAGCACAAAGAACUGUCAGCCACAGACGUGGCUGUCCAGGCACGCAGAGGUGGCUCAGAAGGACGGUGGACUGCUUGGGCACCUCAGGCCACUCUGUCAUUCUUGAAAGAGCCCUGUGUGCCUGGUCUCGGCUGCGCAGUGCUGGGGCGGUGGCGCGCUCUGCCAUGCUCUGUCUGGGGUCCAUGGGUCCUCCUUGGCUCUCUUGAAAUCAGAGGUCAGCAGCUAUGCAGCUGACAGGACCCUGCGCCCUGCUUGGAUCCUGGUGGGCUUGGAAGAGGAGUGGCAGUUGGGGUGGGUUGUGCUCUGCCUCUCCAGUGACGGAUACUGGCUUUGUUUACAAGCCUCCAGGUGUCUGUGGGGAGGCUUGAGCUUCCUGCUGUCAGGACUAGUCUUAAAUGGUGCCAAAUCAGGGUGGCUUCACAUGCAGGGCUGGUAUAAGGGGUGAGGCUUGACAGGGCCUCCUUGAGCCAAGUGUGAGAACUGCCUGGUGUGGGAACACUGUUCGGGGCAGAGGGUCUCCCGGCGGUGGUCACCCUCCCUGGUCUGCAGAUGGAAGCUGCAGUUUGGUAACUUUGCAAACACUCUUCCCUGCAGAUAAACUAUUGAAAUACAACACUGAAAAGACUAUUUUGCCUCCACCUGUGAGCUGAGCUGCAGACCUCAGCCAGGUGACCUUAGGCACCUGCAAACAAUAGGAAGCACUGACUCUGGGCUGGCUUCUCCUGCUUCAGGGAGCCCUGGCUCUGUGAGGUCAUUCCUGGGGAGGAUGGAGCUGUGGGAGGCUCUGGAGACUGUAGCUGCCACAGCUGGGGCAUUUUCAUGACAAGGCUGAAAGGUUUGUGAUUUGUGCUGGUGUAACGUGUAUCUUCAUGUAUUUAUGCAUGCAACAAGUGUGAAUUCCCCUACAUGUAAUCAACCCUGAUCUUGCCUCCGGGGGUCAUUGGGGGCCAUAAGAAAUCCCUGCCCACUGAGUAGGUGUUUCUGACUCUUGUGGGGUGGGGCUGUUGGGGUAAUGAGUCCUCCCACCUGCUCUGUGCUCCUCACCUGGCCAGGCUCCGUCUUUAGCGGACGGUACCCCUUGGAGGUUGCAACUUCAAGAAGGUGUGAUUAGUUCAUGAUGCCCUGGAGGUCUGUAACCUUUUCUUCAGCACAAAUAGUUUCUCCUUGAAAAACCAACUACUGCAACUCUAUGCUGCCCCCUGCUGCUAGAGGUUCCCUGUGGAUCCAGUGUGUGGGGGGUUGCUCUUCCCACCCGGGUCACACCUUUUCACCCCAUUUAGUCUCAGCAGACCCCCUUCCUGCCCCAGCCCUUUUCUCCUUUCUUGAGCAGACCCAAGGGGAGUUUUGAUGGAAGAUGAACAGAACAGCCUCCCUUGAUGGCCCUGAGAUGUAGACAUACCUCCUGGCUCCUGUGUGGACCCAGUUCUGCCCACGUUGACCCUACAGGCGGAUGACCCUCUCAGAAAGAGGGGCUUCGGAGGAGGCAGCAAGGGCGAGCUUGGGUUGCACUUGGCAGAUGGGCCAAUGUGCAGUUUCAUACAAGUUUUACUGAUGGUCACUUUACUGUUAAAAUAAGUAUUUAGGGGCGCCUGGGUGGCUCAGUUGUUAGGCGUCUGCCUUCGGUUAACCUCAUGAUCCCAGAGUCCUGGGAUCAAGCCCCGCAUCAGGCUCCCUGCUUAGUGGGAAGCCAGCUUCUCCCUCUCCCACUCCCCCUGCUUGUGUUCCCUCUCUCGCUGUGUCUCUCUCUGUCAAAUAAAUAAAAUCUUAAAAAAAAAAAAA